ACGGCGCCUAUGUGUGAACUGGGUGGUUGGAGUGGCUGAUUUGUGGCGUGAGGCCGGUUGUGUGGUGCCUACCGGACCGUUGGUCGCCGGCGCCGAUAGUGUGGGGGUGUGGUGGCUGGGUUAUUUUGGAUUGUGAGGGGAGCUCCAUUUCUUGUUGUUUCAGAGGCAGAGGAAAUCAAUCAGCAAAAUGCAAGAGUUGAUUGAGUUGUUGCGAGUUUUCAGGUCAGAAGAUUGUUAACAAAUGCUGUCACCGCCUACUCUAAGAAUGAUUAGUUGAAAUGUGUAACGCUGGAUGGUUGGAGUUAGCUAGUGCACGGCAUUCAAUGGGUGCUUCACGUAUCAACAGUACCUUGUUAGACCUCAAAUUUCACCGUGCUUCAACAACGUUGCAAGUUAAUGAGCAAUCUGCUGGGCCUGAUAGAGAGUUACCACAUUUCACUUUACGCAAAUGGGCAUCCUCCAAUAAUCCUGAAAAGAACUUUGAAGAAGCCAAGUUUGGGGAGGAUGAGUUGUUAAAGAUCAAGUCUAAUAGUCUUCGACGUAGGGAUACAUCUCAGAGUUCUGAAAUUCAGGCAAGAAGUCCAGAAAGUGUUGGAACUCCUGUUUCUGUUGAUGAUCUAGCUCAAAGAGAACGUUCUAAAUCGUUGUCCAUGUUUGGAACUUUGGUAUCUCCUAAGCUUCGAGCUUCCCAAGUCUCAUUUGAGACAGCGCUCGAAAUGCUGGUAGAGAUAUCAAAUAUGAGAGCUUCACUGCUCAGUGCCUAUGAUCAAGUGAAGAAAGACAUGGAGACCGCCACCAAAUAAUCAAUGGACGGGUUUCUAAGUCUACAUCCCCAAUUAUUACAUUAUGGAUCACGUUUCUCCUUUUCAAGUAGUUCGAACAAAUUGAUUGCUGCCAUAUAACUGAAUGGGAGGGGGACAGAGUUCUAAUUUUCUGUUAUCAUCGAAUCUGUUAUCUGUUUUCUGAUAGUUGUGUAACAAGUCAUUAACCUUAGGACAGUGGAAAAGAAAAUAUUUUCAUAGUUCAAUUCUGGUGCAUUUUUGCAGUCCUUUAAUUAAACUAGCACAAGGCUGCCAAGUACAGAAAGAAAGAGAGAGAGUAAACCCUAUUUUAUGAUUCUUAAUUUAUCUUGUGGUUCUUUUUCUA